GCCGGCUCCUCGGGCAGACGGGAGGAGGGGACAGAGGGAGACGGCCCGCCGUCGGGACACGCACUCCUCGCCGCUGCCCCGCCGCGCAGCAUGGCCCGCGCAGCCCCCCGCCUUGUCCUCCUCGGCCUCCUGGUAUUGAGCUUGUGCUGUGACGCUUGCAAGAAAGUUACUUUUCAUGUUCCCUCUGUUCUCGAGGCCAACACUUUGGUUGGCAGAGUUAAUUUAAAUGAGUGCCUUCAGUCUGCAGAACAAAUCAGUUCCAGUGAUGGGAGUUUCAAAGUUCUGGAAGAUGGUUCUGUGUAUACAACCUCUGCUGUUUCUUUAUCUGAUGAGAAAAGGACUUUUACCAUAUUACUUAAAGAUAUUCAAGAACAUGUAGAAAAGAAAAUACUUAUUGACUUAGAGACAGAUGAAAAAAAGAAGACUAGGCAUGCUAGAGAUACUGUUCUCAAGCGAACCAAAAGACGAUGGGGCCCAAUUCCUUCUGUUAUGAUAGAGAACUCACUUGGACCUUUCCCACUACAAAUUCAGCAGGUCCAGUCAGAUACAGCUCAAAACUACACCAUUUAUUAUUCUGCAAGUGGACCAGGAAUUGAUCAAGAUCCAAAGGGCUUGUUUUACAUAGAAAGAGAAACUGGAAAUAUCUUUGCUACUCGUGCAGUAGAUCGUGAGCAGUAUCCAAGUUUUCAGAUCAUUUGCUUUGCAAGCACUCCAGAUGGUUAUUCACCAGAGGUACCCCUUGUGCAUACAAUCAGAAUAGAGGAUGACAAUGAUAAUGCUCCAUAUUUUACACAGGAUGUUUUUGAGUUUUGUGUCCCUGAAAACUCCAAGCCUGGUAUAGUUGUUGGAACAGUGACUGCAGAGGACAGAGAUGAGCCGUAUACUCUGCAUACUACUUUGAAAUACCGCAUUGUGUCACAAGCUCCUUCAGUAACCCCAGCGUUUUCUUUGCAUGGUGACACGGGUGUCAUUACUGUGUUAUCGCCACAGCUGGAUAGAGAGCUGGUGUCCACGUACACUUUAUUAAUUGAAGUGAGAGAUAUGGCAGGUCAGCCUUUCGGGUUGUGCACAACAGGGACAGCUGUCAUUAAGAUUGAAGAUACAAAUGACAAUGCACCAACUUUUAAACAGUUGCAAUAUGAAACACAAGUGGAAGAAAACAGAGUGAAUGUAGACAUCCUGAGAAUUUCUGUUGUUGAUGCCGAUGAGUUUGGAGCACCUGGCUCCACAGCUGUGUAUGAAAUUAUAAGAGGAAAUGACGACCACACUUUUGAAAUUACAACAGACAGAAACACGAAUGAAGGAAUACUUUGUGUUGUUAAGGGGCUGGAUUAUGAAAAUGCCAAGCAAAGGAUCCUCGUGAUUGCAGUCAACAAUGAGGCACCCUACAUGCUGGCACCACAUUCACAACAAGUUGUUCAGAGCACCUGCACUGUUACAGUGAACGUCCUAGAUAUAGAUGAGGGACCAGUGUUUAAACCCUGUUUCUUCCGCAUGGACGCUAGUGAAUGUGAUGACAUUGGGACAAAUAUUGGGAAAUAUCUAGCAGAAGAUCCAGAAACUGGAAACAGCGAAGGCAUCUGCUACAAAAUACCACCUGGACAGUGUAACUGGGUCAAUAUUGAUGAAAAAUCAGGUGAAGUCAGAACUGUUAGAGUCUUGGACCGAGAUCUAGGAGAAGUCAAACGAGGCCAAUGCAAUAUCACAGUCCUCGCAAUAGACAGAAAUGGCAAAACAGGCACCGGAACCCUUCAAGUUGUCAUCCAGCCAUGCGACAGGAGUUAUCCACGAAUUAUUACGACUGACUAUAUAAUGUGCAGAGACAGAAAACCAAUCUGCCUCAGUGCAGGGGAUGGAGAUGAGACUUCUUACAGCAUGCCCUUAGUCUAUCGCAUGACUGACCGUAACUUGGGUUCCAUGUGGAAGAUAACACGGCACAAUGAAAAGUCUGUGUAUCUUUCACCAAGGGGUGAUAUUCCAUUUGGAACAUACACUAUUCCUGUCAGCGUAUCUGAUAGUUCAGGAAGGCAAGGAAUCAGUGAAAUUACAGUUAACUACUGUGAUUGUGUUACUCCAAGUGAUUGUGGAGCUCCUCGUAGUGCUGGGAGUGUUACUCUUGGUGUGUGGGCCAUCCUUGCAAUGAUCUUGGGAUCACUGCUAUUGCUUUUAAUCCUAAUUACGAUUUGUGGCUGUUGUGGUGCUGGGGUAAUGCACAGGCAAGUGACUGAUGAUUGCGCCAAUCACAACUUAAUCAUUUCAAAUACAGAAGCUCCAGGAGAAGAAGUGAUGGAUCACAAUAUAAUUCCUCUACAAACUACUGAUCAAGUAGGAUGUGGAAUAAAAACAGGAGAUCAACAAACAUUUGAAAUGGUAAAAGGAAGAGGGCAUACCCUGGAAUCAGUCAGAGGAGGUGGACAUCAGACGCUGGGAUCAGUCAAAGAAGGAGGAGGAGGACAGGCUAUGGUGGACACAUGUAGAUACUCCUAUUCAGAAUGGCAUAAUUUCACACAUCCUCGUUUAGGAGAAAAGGUGCAUCUAUGCAGACAGGAUGAAGAACAGAAACAUUCUGAAGAUUAUCUCCUUUCAUAUAACUAUGAAGGAAAAGGAUCCUUGGCUGGUUCUGUAGGCUGCUGCAGUGAUCAGCAUGAAGAAGAGGCACUUGACUUCUUAGAUCAGCUGGAACCCAAGUUUAGGACAUUGGCAGAAACGUGUAUAAAAAGAUAAACAUGUCUUUCAUGGUGCUGAAAAAAAACUGUAAAUAAGUGGCUGUCCUACUUUUGUGCUAUUAGGUAUUUUGGAAUUGAAUGCAACAGAUUCUUCCACCUCUUGCUUUCUGGGGGAAAAGUUUACCAAAAUUUAGUGAGUGUAACACAUUAAAUAUACGGCAUAUUUUUUUUUACCUACUAGACAUCAAAAGUAAGGGACUCAGAACAUUUUUUCUUUAGACUACGUUCAUAGAGUGAUACUAUUUUCCAUUUAGUUUUUACUUCCUAUUCUUUGUGGUUGCUUAAAAAGCAAAACUUAGU